AUAGAACAAUAGAUUCACUUAAUGACAGCAGCAUUUGCUUUAUGACCACAGCAUUUGCUUAACAACCACUGCAAAAAAGGUAAAAUCAGGUGCAGUUACAUGGUGGUCUAUUUUACAAUCAAUACAACUUACGAUCAAAACUGUGGGUUCAGUUAUGGUCAUAAGUUAGGAACUACUUGUAAACAGUUCACAGCAUGCUUAAAAUUUAAUUUUGACUUUGGGCCAAGUUAUCUGAAGGAUUGCAUUCCUCUCUAUGAGGUAUCUGAAUUUUUAAAAGCCUUGUACUCUAUUCUGCCAACAUCUGAGAUCUGUUUCAUUGGAAUUGCAAAGACUUUUCAGUCAGUGUCCCUAAACUCUGGACUUCCAUCCCAAAAGAGAGUUAUCAGUUAUUCAAAAUAAGAGGGCAGAAUUUGACAGGUACAGAGAUUUUAACAUCCAAAGCAACCAUGAAGUACUUAUAGAAAAGAAAGAUAAAAAAAUUGGAGUGGUCUUUGGAUUCUAGUUGUGCAAUUGUAUAGUUGCAAACUUUAAGGAAGAUUUCAAUAUACAGUGCAUGCAAAGAGAUCUGAGAAUAUUUCUGAGCUAGAUUAGUUAUUUAAGAGUAGAGAAAAUUUUCAAAAACAAGAAUUAAAAGACUUAGCCAUGGCAAACACUUGGAAUCUGUUAUUUCUGCUAAAGGAAGCAUUGCAUAAUAUUGGCUGAAAGAAUCCAAAUAUUUGCACCUUCUAUGGACACUGCACAUAAAUAGUAAAUAUGCAAUCAAUCAAGUUUGUUCAAUGUAGAGAUUGUCAGCUUUUUUUUUCAUUCACUCACUGAAAGAGACAGUUUGAACAGGGCUAUCUAAACUUUUGCAUGCAAGUGUGCAACUGUACUUAAAAUACUGGAAAUAACUUAAGUAAGAACAAAAUUUCAUUAUCUGCCAAAUUUUCAGAUUCUCUCCAUUUGAGGUUGUUCUUUAUUCUGGCAUGUUCAAUGUGUCCAGUCACCUACAAAGAAGAGAACUCAUUUGCAUCUUACAUGUGCACACACAUGUGCAUUUAUUUAAAGGACACUGGCUCCUCUGUAGAAAAGAAUGUCUAUAGUAGUCUCAAUGAAAAGAUGGCAGUGAAACUACUGGGAUUCCUGGCUAGAUCUUCAUAUACAAUAAGCCAGUGCCGAUACUUCCCUACUUAUGGAUAUUUAGCAUCAAGCAACAACUUGCUAUCAGUAAAUAGAUAUCUCAGGCGAUGCAUCCCAGAGGCAACUUCUAAUUUUACUAGCAAUUGCAUGGACAAUUCAAACUGGUUUAGUCCACAAACUACUAUUGGUGCAAAAAUAAUUAAUUACUUGACUGUGGAUGCUUGUCCUUCAUCCAGAGAACUUCAUCCUCUUAAAGCUUCAAUUUUUAAACAGAAGUUAAAACAUAUACGGAUACUUACUGGAACACCAAAUAGACAUUAUUCAGUUUUAUCGCCUGGUAAAGUUCAACCAAAUCAAGAUAUUGUAUCAGUUAAGCGUCUACCAAAAGCGUCGAGGACCAAGCAGCCAUCAAGAAUUAAUCUGCCAUUACCAUCUGAAGCUCAGGAUGUGAUGCAAUGUAUAGCCUUUGCAACAGCAGAUGCCUAUCAUCUUGGUAAUUUAUGCCUUGACCUGGUCUCAUCUGGAUAUGUUGAAAUCACGUUACCUAGAGAUGCAGCAAAUGUUUUGGUGGUUGGCACAGAAAGGACGGCCAAAGAUCAUGAUUUGGGGAUCAUAUUUUUCUUCAAGGAAGGGUCUGUUGUGUUUUGGAAUGUUGAAGAAAAAACAAUAAAGAAUAUUUUUCGAAAGCUGGAAAAACAUCAGAUCCAGCCUUAUGAAAUUGCAUUAGUUCACUGGGAAAAUGAAGAGAUCAGCUAUAGAAGAGGAGAAGGGCAGUCAAAACUUCAUAGAGGAGAAAUCUUGAUAAAUUCAGAAUUAGAAAUGGAUGAAUUCAUUUUAGAGAAGUUUGCUUUUUCCAAUGCUCUCUGCCUUUCUGUAAAACUGGCCAUUUGGGAAGCAUCACUGGAUAAUUUUGUAGAAUCUAUCCAAUCAAUACCUGAGAUGCUUAAAUUAAGAAAGAAACUGAAACUCUCUCAUGCUGAUGUUAUGCAGAAAAUUGGAGAACUGUUUGCCUUGAGGCAUCAUAUAAAUCUGAGUUCUGAUCUGUUGAUUACCCCAGAUUUCUAUUGGGACAGAGAACAUCUUGAACAACUGUAUGAUAAAAUGUAUCGGUUUCUUAGUAUUGAUCGCAGAGUUAAGGUAGUAAAUGAAAAGCUCCAGCAGUGCACAGAAUUGACAGAUCUGAUGAGAAAUCAUUUGAAUGAAAAACAUGCUCUGCGGUUGGAAUGGAUGAUAGUGAUACUCAUCACAAUAGAGGUCAUGUUUGAACUUGGAAGAGUGUUUUUCUGAUACCAGGAGUACAUUACAACAGACAUUUUACAAGACUAGUCGUUAUCUGAGCAACAGGUUUAUUAGACUUCAAUUUUGUCCAUUUUAGAAAGCAAGCAAAUGUCAUGAUAAAUUUAUGGACAUUUGCUACAAAAUGUUGGGAGUCACUGCAUUUAAUUUCAUAUUUCAUUACUAUGUUUUCUUGGAAUUCAUGGUGUAAAAGCAUGAGGCUGGUUUUCUAUCUUAUGGAUACAGAUUAUCUGUUACAGGAAAAGGGUAUACAGUAUGUAUGAUACUGUUUUCUGUAUAUAAACUGUACAUUUUUUCACAAUAAGUUCAAUAGAAUUAAGAAAAAAUAUGUAUAUAAUAUGCCAUUAUGUAUAUGGGGAGCCAAUGCAUAGAAAACGAACAAUUCUAAUCAUUUAUGAAGGAAGAGUUAAAAAUAAUCUUCAGCUCAAACAGUAACUGUCUUUGAAAUUGCUUAACACAAAGAUUUUAUAAAUGCAGACAUGUUUCUUCAAGAAGCAAGAGAAAUUUAAUCAAAGCAAUGUCUUUGACCAUAUUGCCUUAGACAAAUUUUCCUCAGUAACCAUUAUGCAUGUAUGAACACCAACUGAAAAGCUGUGAAAUAAAAUAAUGGUUGUAAGAAAUGCAUUGAUUUCUUUGAACCAAGAUUAAGGUCUCUCAAAUCCAAAACCUUUUGACUAGAUACACCAGAAAACUCAUGAAAGCUUUGACUUAUGUACCCAGGAUCUGGUUCUCAACUAACUUUCCAAAAUGUAUCAUGAAUAUUGUCAAAUUUUAACAUUUUUGUAAAAGUUUAAAAGAAGUUUGUUCUUUAGUUUCAGAAAGCGGGAAGAAUUUUUGUAAAUGAACCUACUGCUGAAAUUUUAUGAUGGGAAACAGAAUAUGAUAACUAUUAAUAACUUUGUUUUUCAUACAGUGCACAUUUUUAAAAUAAAAAGCCCAAAGCAUUU